AUUGUAUCCUAGUAUGAGAGAAACGUUCCCAUACACGAACUACUUCUAGUCAAGCAAGCGCAAUGGCACUACGAGACGAACUUUUAAAGGCAAUAUGGCAUGCUUUCACAUCGUUGGACGUGGACAAAAGCGGGAAAGUGUCCAAAUCACAGUUAAAGGUAUGGAAUUAUACUUACCUAGAGAAUGUGAUUGUCAAUGAAACCCGAGGCACGUCGUUAACUUUAUUAAAUAAUGUCACGCAGAAACCUUUUGAGCGUCUUGAAAAGAGGUUGGCAUCAAAGUGAAGAGCACCUGAUUUUGGUUGGACACUUAUUAGUAAUAGAGGAUGCAUUUGGAAUUGUCCCCUGUAGAGCAUGGCGCUUGCAACGCCAGGAUUGUGGGUUCGUUUCCCACGGGGGGGAUGCACUCACUAACUGUAAGUCGCUCUGACUAAAAUGUCAAGUCAUUUUAGCCCAAAUCAUUGUUUGCCUUCCUAUUAUUACAGCGCAGACCAGGUGCAUGUCAGACUUCAGUGGUUUAUGUAAACUACUUGUGGAUGGUUAAAGGGAACCUCUUGUUUGUUAUGGCACACCUGUUGACGUUAAGUGAUUGUCAGAAUAUUUUGUUUAUUUUAGACCAUAAUUGGAAUAAUAAUUACAUUGUUGAGAGAAGGGGGGCCCGAGUGAAAAGGUUUGGGAACCCCUGGUGUAGUUGCCUAGAACCCUUUCCAGUGACUGAUGUGUUCAACGUCUUCAGUAAGUAGAGAUACAUGCUAUUUGGGCAUUGUUGCUGCAUUUAAUAUAACUAUCGGCUGUGUGUGAACUGUGAAGUCCUGAUAAGAAGUGGGGUUUUCCUCUUUGCAGGUGCUCUCUCAUAACUUGUGCACUGUGAUGAGGAUCCCCCAUGACCCAGUGGCCCUUGAGGAGCACUUCAAACAUGACGACGAAGGCCCUGUCUCUACUCAGGGCUACAUGCCCUACUUGAACAAGUUCAUUUUGGACAAGGUGAGCCCAACAUAGUACAACUUAGAGUAUCUAUGCCCCUCAGUCAAUCAAUCAGUCACUCACUCACUCAGUCAUUUACUGCUGUUUUACUGUUUUGUCUUCCUUCUGUUGAUGUGAUAAAGGGUCACUGAAGUCUAGGAGGAAGAUGACAAGGUUAGAAUCACAUUGUUUUAGUUUGUCAUCUUCAACCUUGACUUCAGUGAACGCUAGGGAUUCUAUUGUUGGUCAGAAUUGGUCAUUAGAUUGAGAGUAAAGGAUUCCUUUUCCAAUAUCACAACAUGGAUACCAUGGUGACACAUAGGCAUUCCUUUGCCACUGUCAUAAGGGUGAGAAUUAUUGUGUAACGUCAUAAAGGGUUAGCAAAACAAGUUUGGCGCUUUCUGCUGGUGUCAUAAAGGUUUACCAUAGUGAAAGAAUGGAAUUUGUGUGUAAACUUACAAUGUCACUGGUGACAUUUGGACAUUCUUUCUGCUGUCAUAAAGGCUUACUAUGGUGACUGGAAUUCUUCAGUGGUGUCAGAAAUAAUUACUACAGCAAGACACAUUUGUUCAUUUCAAAGAGGGGUGCUUCUGUGACAGUUUUGUAGUUGUUGAUUAUAUUAAAGGUUACCAUGAUGAGAAUUUGUAUGCUAAUUCUUGUGAAAUGUCACAGAGUUACACUUUAUUUCAUGAGAUGUUUUAUCGUAAAUGUUUGGCAUACUUGUUGUUUUCAUACUUGUUGUUUUUCAUGUCACAGAAUUCUUGUGUGUUGUUCUAAAGAAUUACUACAGCAUUUAUUGUCAUCAUCGACAGUUUAAAAAUAGAUUGUUUUCGGUUAACGUUUAAAAAUGUUCCUGAGAACAACCCAUUUUGAACUUGUUGUGCAUUUCAUAAUCUGGGAUUUCCAUUUGAAGGCAGAUAUUUACUGCUCAAGUGCUUCCUAUGACACACACGAGGAAAUAGAUGACAAGGGAUUUUACAACCCACCUUCCAGUACAUCAGCCCAUUCUAUUCUCUGACGUGUUGAUAUAUCCUCUCCUGUCACUUCCUCAAGCUCUCAUUCCUCUAGUAUUACAAAAAGGUUUCAGGAACCUAGAUAUGACAUCGUGGACAAAUGUCAAGUCUCCCCACCCAUGUGGAUAUGACCCUACCAUACAGGUCAGGGGCACCACCCCCACUCCCCAGGGAAACUCCACCCUAACAGUCCUGUGUGUGUGUGUCAGUCACCCUCUUCCUCACUGAGUGACUACACUUGUUAGACAAUUAUGGUGACUCAGCUGGAGAGACAAUCAAGUUCAUCGCUGACUGUUCCAUCAUUCAGCACAUCAUUCCUCCUUGCCUACUGACCCUAUAGAGCCUGGAAUGCAUUGUUAAUUGGGAGCUUCAUUUGUUCCCCUUUUGUCAGAAGGGGAACAAAAGAAAGCAAUGCUACACAAACACCAGAGCACCCAAAUAGUUCAAGGCUGUGAACAUGUGACCUUAAUUUAGUUAACAUUUUAAGGCUGCUGUGGAUGAAUUAUUUCCUCAUUUCAUGUCUUGCUAGUUCAACCCCUCUAUCCGUCUUAGUCUUGCCUAAACCUCAACAUAUUUCAAUCCACCUUUCAUGAUAGAGUAAGACACAUGCUCUAUAUCAUAUUCUACCUUGUUUGUAAUUUCACAAUGACUUUUGAUAUCCGUCACCUGUCCUCUGCCCUCGCUAAACAGUAACAACAGGCAUCUCUGUGUGAUGUGACAAUUUGAUGGUAGGACGUUUCAGUCUCCUGGAGGGCCAAGGACAGUGAUAAGACUGUUUGUAAACUUGUUAGGACAUUCCACUGCAAAGAAUGCUGAUGAGCAUGUGUAUCUGCAGUGGAGAGGCAGGGCUGGGUGCUGGAGGGGACGUGACAAGGCCCCCAUUGUUGAGGUGUGGAGAGGGAGGGAGGGAGGAGGAAGAAAGAGAGAGAGAGAGAGAUCAGUCUGGACCAGCUAGUACGGAGCGAGAACGAGAUGACCAUGACACAACAUCGUGAGGGCAAAGAGAGAGCUGCUAUUUCAUAACAAUCUCACUUCUACUGCUCCUCCCUCUUUCUGCUUACCUCGCUGGUGUUGUGAAAUUACGUUUCCCUUGAGUUGGUGUUAUUGUGAAAUUACGUUUCCCUUGAGUUGGUGUUAUUAUGAAAUUACGUUUCCCUUGAGUUAUCUUUACAGUGCAGUCUUUGACUCAUCCAAAACAAACCACAGUUCUAUAAAUAGUGUCUGCUGGUGUUAGUUCAAUGACCUGAUUCUUACCUGGGCCACGUUCAAUAGGCAAACUGUGUGGAACGUUGCAGUGAGAAAUGUUAUGAAUAGACCUGACAUUAAGCCCAUGCUACAUCUGAAAGAGUCAUGUUUAUCGUACGUAAUUCUAACUGAACAGACCUAUUGUAAAAUAUUCCCCCACCACCUUGUGAGGGAGAGGAAAAUUAGAGACACAUCGAACAGAUUACUCAAUAAUGAUAGCAAUGUAAGCUAUUAUUUUGGAUAUAUGUAAUUUUAUUAUUGUGGAUUUAUACAACGGGUGGGUCUAAUCCUGAAUGCUGAUUGGUUAAAACCGCAUUCGAGUCUAUUCCACAAGUUACCACCGGCUAAAUCUAUGACGUUAAAAUGCCUAUUUACUCUGUUCCACCUGACUGCGUAGUAUGGGAGACCAAAGGCUGGAUGGGUGACCUGUAGAUAAAUCAACUGUAUUUAUUCCAGUAGGAGGUGCUGCCCAGCCUUAACCAUGAAACUCAUAUCUGAAAAUUAAAACGUACACUGAACAAAAAUAUAAAGGCAACAUGUAAAGUGUUGGUCCCAUGUUUCAUGAGCUGAAAUAAAAUAUCCCAGAUAUUUAUCUCAAAUUUUGUGCACAAAUGUUUCCAUCCCUGUUAGUGAGCAUUUCUCAUUUGCCAAGAUAUUCCACACCUGUCAGGUGGAUGGAUUAUAAAGAUGCUGAUUAAACAGCAUGAUCAUUACACAGGUGCACCUUGUGCUGGGGACAAUAAAAGGCCAUCCUAAAAUGCGCAGUUUUGUGACACAACACAAUGCCACAGAUGUCUCCAAGUUUUGAGGGAGCGUGCAAUUGGCAUGCUGACAGCAGGAAUGUCCACCAGAGCUGUUGCCAGAUAAUUUAAUGUUAAUUUCACUAUCAACGUCGUUUUAGAGAACUUGGCAGUACGUCCAACCGGCCUCACAACCGCAGACCAUGUGUAACUACUCCAGUCACGCCAGCCUCCACAUCCAUCUUCUUCAUCUGCAGGAUCAUCUGAGACCAGCCAACCAGAAACUGUGGGUUUGCGCAACCAAAGUAUUUCUGCACAAACUGUUAGAAACCGUCUCAGGGAAGCUCAUCUGCGUAUUCGUCAUCCUCACCAGGGUCUUGACAUGACUGCAGUUCCGCGUUGUAACCAACUUCAGUGGGCAAAUGCUCACCUUCGAUGGCCACUGGCAUGCUGGAGAAGUGUGCUCUUCACGGAUGAAUCCCGGUUUCAGCUGUACCGGGCAGAUGGCAGACAGCGUGUAUGGCGUCAUGUGGGCGUGCGGUUUGCUGAUGUCAACAUUGUGAACAGAGUGCCCCAUGGUGGCGUUACGGUAUGGGCAGGUAUAAUCUACGGACAACGAACACAAUUGCAUUUUAUCGAUGGCAAUUUGAAUGCACAGAGAUACUGUGACGAGAUCCUGAGGCCCAUUGUUGUGCCAUUCAUCCACCGCCAUCCCUUCAUGUUUCAGCAUGAUAAUGCACGGCCCCAUGUUGCAAGGAUCUGUACAUAAUUCCUGGAAUCGAAAAAUGUCCCAGUUCUUCCAUGGCCUGCAUACUCACCAGACAUGUCACCCAUUGAGCAUGUUUGGGACGCUCUGGAUCGACGUACACAACAGUGUGUUCCAGUUCACCCCCCAAUAUCCACAAUAUCCAGCAACUUCGCACAGCCAUUGAAGAGGAGUGGGACAACAUUCCACAGGUCACAAUUAACAGCCUGAUCAACUCUAUGCAAAGGAGAUGUGUCAUGCUGCAUGAGUCACACCAGAUACUGACUGGUUUUCUGAUCCACGCCACUACCUUCUUUUUAAAGGUAUCUGUGACCAACAGAUGCAUAUCUGUAUUCCCAGUCAUGUGAAAUCCAUAGAUUAGGGCCUCAUUUAUUUAAAUUGACUUAUUUCCUUAUAUGAACAGUAACGCAGGUGCAUGUUGCGUUUAGUUUCGUUCAGUGUAUAUACAAAUAUUGUACUUUUCUUAUAGUAAUUCUCAUGUUUUUGUAUAUGUUGACUAACAGUGCAUUCGGAAAGUAUUUAGACCCCUUACAUUUUUCCACAUUUUGUUACGUUACAGCCUUAUUCUAAAAUUGAUUAAAUAAAUGUUCCUCAUCAAUCUACACACAAUACCCCAUAAUGACAAAGCGAAAACAGGUUUUUAGAAAUGUUUGCAAAUGUAUAUAAAAAAAAGAAAAAAAAGAAACAGUAUUCAGACCCUUUGCUAUGAGACUCGAAAUUGAGCUCAGGUGCAUCCUGUUUCCAUUGAUCAUCCUUGAGACCAAGCCAUGAGGUUGAAGGAAUUGUCCGUAGAGCUCCGAGACAGGAUUGUGUCGAGGCACAGAUCUGGAGAAGGGUACCAAAACAUUUCUGCAGCAUUUAAGGUCCCCAAGAACACAGUGGCCUCCAUCAUUCUUAAAUGGAAGAAGUUUGGAACUACCAAGACUCUUCCUAGAGCUGGCCGCCCGGCCAAACUGAGCAAUCGGGGGAGAAGGGCCUUGGUCAGGGACGUGACCAAGAACCCGAUGGUCAUUCUGACAGAGCUCUGACAGAGCUCCAGGCCUUUAUGGUAGAGUGGCCAGACGGAAGCCACUCUUCAAUAAAAGGCGCACGACAGCCCGCUUGGAGUUUGCCAAAAGGCACCUAAAGGACAAGAUUCUCUGGUCUGAUGAAACCAAGAUCAAACUCUUUGGCCUGAAUGCCAAGAGUCACAUCUGGAGGAAACCUGGCACCAUCCCUACGGUGAAGCAUGGUGGUGGCAGCAUCAUGCUGUGGGGAUGUUUUUCAGCGGCAGGGACUGGGAGACUAGUCAGGAUUGAGGGAAAGAUGAACAGAGUAAAGUAGAGAGAUCCUUGAUGAAAACCUGCUCCAGAGCUCUCAGGACCUCAGACUGGGGCGAUGGUUCACCUUCCAACAGGACAACGACCUUAAGCAUACAGCCAAGACAAUGCAGGAGUGGCUUCGGGACAAGUCUCUGAAUAUCCUUGAGUGGCACAGCCAGAGCCCGGACUUGAACCCGAUCAAACAUCUCUGGAGAGACCUGAAAAUAGCUGUGCAGCGACGCUCCCCAUCCAACCUGACAGCUUGAGAUGAUCUGCAGAGAAGAAUAGGAGAAACUUCCAAAAUACAGGUGUGCCAAACUUGUAGCGUCAUACCCAAGAAAACUUGAGGCUGUAAUCGCUGCCAAAGGUGCUUCAAAAAAGUACUGAGUAAAGGGUCUGAAUACUUAUGUAAAUGUUAUAUUUCAGUUUUUUAUUUUUAAUACAUUUGCAAACAUUUCUAAAAACCUGUUUUUGCUUUGUCAUUAUGGGGUAUUGUGUGUAGAUUAAUGAGGGGGGAAAACGAUUUAAUCAAUUUUAGAAUAAGGCUGUAACGUAACAUGUGGAAAAACUCAAGGGGUCUGAAUACUUUCCGAAUGCACUGUAUAUAAACAAUGUGAAACCUAUAAGGAAAAUAUUUAUUUUGUAGAGGUUAAAAUGUCAGAACAUACACAGAACAUACACACAACUCAUAGAUGACUCAUAUUUUGUCUCAAAUACCAUAUCUUUGUAAGAAAUUCACCACAAUCAUGUAGUGACUUGUGUAUGUCAUAUGACAUAAGUUAACACACAUACACUACUAACAUAUAACAUACAAAAUCUUACCAGAUACUUAUUAGCUUUUAAUCUUAUUCUGCCAUAAAAUAUUCUUAUUUGCUUUUCAUUAUUAUUUUUCAUAUGGGAGGAGCAUUUUCAGCUUUUUGUUUGUGGUCAUUUUAGUCUUUCAUUCAGAUUAGGGUGUAGUUAGAUGUGUGUUUUAAACACUCCUAAAGCUGUCUCCUGACCAUAAUACACAUACUGUUUGUGUUUCAAUAGUCUGUUUCUCUGUUUAUGCACAUCUUGCUAUUUGUAGAUUGCUGAUAAUCAGUAUCAGGUCUAUCGCUUGUGGUUUAGCUGAGUUGAGUCAUGCAUCUAUAUAAACAGCUAAGUGUCGUUCCAUGUCAUUUCAGCAAGCCAUGACACCCACCAUCUCAGAUUGUUCUGUAAUCGUUUUUGAAAUAGAUACAAUUAGCAUUCCUUCAACAUUUUGUUGAAAUAUAAUUUAAUCUCUGAGAAAUUUAAGCAAAUUUAUUGCACCCAAAUUGGCCAUUUUCAAUUAUAGGAUUCAUUAAUAUUCAGUAGAAAUACUACAUAACAUCCGAUUUGAAAUACAAAUAUUCUAACAAUGAGUAAGACAUUCCAAAGAAAUGGUCAAGCCACCCACGGACCUCACGCCAAAUAUACCCCAACAACAAGUAUACAGUAGGAGUUCUCUGUUUGACAAGUAGUAUAGAGCUGCAGCUCGGGAGUAUUGUUUCCGUCAUCCAAUGGAAUAAAUUCUCAGUGAAUUUGGUGUUGUUUUUUCCCCUGUUCAGAGAAAUUAGUAAUUGAAGUUAGGUUUAUGUCCCAUCCCAUCCUAUCCGUCCUGAUAUUACCAGGAUCUGACCACUAGAUGGUGCUGUUCCUGCUAAUAAGUGAUAAAACAAAUAGAAUCCCCCCCUCUAAAUGUUAAAGUUUUCGUUCACCCAAAUUAGAAAAUGACAUUGGUUUCCUUACCCUGUAAGUGGUCUAUGGACAAGAUAUGACAGAAACCCAUUCUUUUUUGUUUUUGUUUACCUGGCCACAGAUUCAAAUGCUAACUUUUUAGCAUUUGUGGCACAAAUCCAAUGCAAGUCAAUUGCACCUAUAUUCGCUUUUUUGAGCUUCAUAUCCAAAUAACAUAAUUGAGUUACACAAUCAAUUUUUUGAUACUUUAGCGAGAAAAUGCUAAUAAAUGUACCAUUGACUUGCAUUGGAUUUGUGCCACAAAUGCCAAAAAAAAUAGCAUUUGAAACAGUGGCCAGGUAAACAGAAUCCAAGUAUGGGUUGAUUUCAUUUUGAUUUCAUUGAUAGUUAAUCCUAUCAUCCAUAACUCUAUUUGAGUCGUUAAAUUUCUUCAGCCCCAUCCCUCAGCUGUUUACCAAAAACGACGUUUCUCCUUUCAUUCUGUCCUAUUAAUUUGGUUUGAUUUGUGUGUUAGUCAAAGCGACACUGACUUUAUGAUCUUCCGUGCCAUUUUAAACCUUAACUGUAGUAUAAAGAGAAGAGUGAAGAGGUCCUUAGUACAGUCAGCUUGUUGUUGUGUUUUUCUCAUAUGAAAAAUGCCGGUCUCCAGCCAAGUGACGUGACUUGAGAAAAUGUUCCUGAUUGCAGGUCCAGGACAACUUUGACCGGCAGGACUUUAACAGAAUGUGCUGGACCCUGUGCGCCCGGAAGAACCUCAACAGAACCCACCUCCUUAUCUCGGACGAAGACGCUUUCAAGAUCUGGUGCAUCUUCAACUUCCUAUCUGAAGACAAAUACCCACUGGCCAUCGUCAAUGAGGAGGUGAGAUUGGACGGGGUUGUGUUCAUUGGGCACCAAACAGAGGACAAUGGACUGAAACAGGCAGGGACCAUCCAAUAAGAAACACUCGUUUCCAUUUUCUGUUGUUAAAGGUUUUAAAACGUUUCCGUCGAGUGCCCUAAUGAACAUGAACUGGGUUCUGAUGCUGGCACAUUUAGCCCCAACACAAACCCGACUUUGUGCAAAGUUUAGGUUGAUCAUUAACAGAUCAGUAAUCAGUUGUAAAGCUAAUCAGUCUGAAACUCAUGAUAUAACAUUGUUUUCGUGUUCCGUAUCAACGAUACCUCUACCUCUGUCACAAUGGAAUACAUAAGAAGGGAGUAGGUUAUAGGUAAAUAAGUAUUGUUCAGAUCCACUGGUACACUUUUCGUACUACUUUGGAGAAACACUCUCACCAUUGCCCAACAGCUCUCACAGAAAAGGAAGUUAGCAGCUUGCUGUUAAAUUACAACACGGCAGGAUUUAUUAUAAGGUUAUUAAUGGAAACUAUGUGUAGUUUCAUAUAAUUAUUGCUGUGAGGUUAGUACUCCCUUUUAUUAUUCCACAUAAACACAUGUACUGUAACAUACAGAUUGUGUCACUUCAAAAGGUAGUAUGGGUAUUUUUUUAAAUGUUGGUGUGCGUGUACGCUAACCUGUCUGUGUACUCACCUGUGUCUCUUCACCGCCUCCCUUCAGAUUGAGUACUUCCUGCGCAAGCUGACGGAGGCCAUGGGUGGCAGUUGGGUGGAGGAGCGCUUUGAGGACUACAAGCUAGAGCUGAGCAUCAAGCAGCAGUGUCUGAGUGUCUGGGAGCUCAUCACCCUGGUGGGCACGGGCACCUUCAGCAAGGGCAUGGACUGCCAGACCCUCUCCAUGGGUAUCACCGAGGUCUUCCACGAGCUCAUCCUUGACAUAUUCAAACAGGUUGGCAUCAGAGCCAUUUAUAUCUCCAUAUAUGUUGACAUCAAGCACACUACCGUCCUCCAUGUGACCAUGGUUGAUUGAUAGCAUUGACCCGUGUUAUGUACUAGCAAAACUAUAGCAUGGAGUUAGCUUUUAAACACCAAACACCAGAGCAAUGGUCAGUGGAGUGCAGUAGGGAGCCAUGUUAUAGGGACCACAUCAAUAUUGAUGAUUAGAAUCUCAUAUGCAACACCACAAACUCAUCCUGUUGGCUGUGCAGUGGUCAAGUAAGCAGUUAAACUGACAGGAGCCGUCCAAGUAGCUCAACACAGCUAUUAACACAAACAGACAGAUGUCAAAAAAGACAGAAACAUACAACUGUCUGAGCCUCCUGUAUUCUCUUGUUGCAGGGCUACAUGAUGAAAAAGGGCCACAAGAGGAAAAACUGGACAGAGCGCUGGUUCCUCCUGAGGCCAAACUCCAUUUCCUACUACGUGAGCGAGAACCUGGCCGAGAAGAAGGGCGACAUUGUGCUGAAUGGAAAUUGCUCUGUCGAGGCAAGGAACACUAAACAACAACAAACAAGGCUCAUACAUUAAUGUUACACAUUAACCUAACUAGUAAGAUACACUGGGUGGUUCAAGCCCUGAAUGCUGAUUGGCUGACAGCCGUGGUAUAUCAGACCGUAUACCAUGGGUAUGACAAAACAUGUAUUUUUACUGCUCUAAUUACAUUGGUAACCAGUUUAUAAUAGCAAUAAGGCACCUUGGGGGUUUGUGAUAUAUGGCCAAUAUACCACGGCUAAGGGCUGUGUCCAGGGACUCCGCAUCGUGCCUAAGAACAGCCCUUAGCUGUGGUAUAUUAGCCAUAUACCACACCACCUCGUGCAUUAUUGCUUAAAUAUACACUGAGUGUACAAAACAUUAGAAACGCCUUCCUAAUAUUGAGUUGCACCCCCUUUUGCCUUCAGAACAGCCUCAAUUUGUCAGGGCAUAGACUCUACAAGGUGUCGAAAGCGUUCCACAGGGAUGCUGGCCCAUGUUGACUCCAAUGCUUCCCACAGUUGUGUCAAGUUGGCUGGAUGUCCUUUAGGUGCUGGACCAUUCUUGAUACACACGGGCAACUAUUGAGAGUGAAAAACCUUGCAGCAUUGACACACUCAAACUGGUGCGCCUGGCACCUACUACCAUACCCUGUUCAAAAGGCACAUUAAUAUUUUGUCUUGCCCAUUCACCCUCUGAAUGGCACACAUACACAAUUGUCUCAAUGCUUAAAAAUCCUUCUUUAAUCAGUCUCCUCCCCUUCAUCUACACUGAUUGAAGUGGAUUUAACAUGUGACAUCAAUAAGGGAUCAUCGCUUUCACCUGGAUAGUCUAUGUCAUGGAAAGAGCUGGUGUUCCUAAUGUUUUGUAUACUCAGUGUACGUUGGUGAAAUAGUGAAAAGAUGUAAUGAAAUUGUCUUUGCAGUCGUUACCGGAUAAGGAAGGAAAGAAGUGCCUGUUCUACAUCAAAUGCUCUGACAAAAGCUAUGAGAUCAACGCGUCAGAUAAGAAGAGGAAACAGGAAUGGAUUCAGGGUACGAAGUGGACAUAUUGAAUUCAUAUUUAAUCAGAAAUUAAAUGACUCAAACAUAGCUCAUACCGUAUUAGAUUAAAAAAAGUAUAUUGUUUUUGCACUUCAAAUCCUGUUGUUGUGUAAUGUAACUCUUGUAGUUCACAAUUCUCUCACCAUGCAAUUUAUCUCCUUUCGGUAUUAUGGAAAGCAUGGACUGGACAUCUAGACUUUGUUGAGACGUAUAAGUACAGGGGCGUGUUCAGCAGAGCACAACGUUGUGGAAUGUUCAGAUAGAAAUAUGUUAUGUAGAAUAGACAUGCCUCUCUGACAUGUAGAAUAAGGAAUCCUAUCAGCUUUACUCAUCACAUUUCUAUCUGCAACAUUCCACAACGUUUGCCUAGACUGAACAUGGCCCAGCCUUGGUACUGACCCCUGUCUGGUGUGUCUCCUCUCCAUCUCAGCCAUCCAGAUGUGCAUCAGUCUGCUGAAGCUGGGACGGUCGGCGCCGCACUGCGAGUCCCGUCAGAAGCGGCGGGAGUUGAGGCAGAAACAGCAAGCGGAGCAGGAGGAGCUGGAGCUUAGGAUGAGAGAGCUGCAGACGGCCAACGAGAACAAGCAGCACCAACUGGAGGCCAUGAGGAAGGUGAGCCCAGCCAGCCCACUCACAACGGUCAAAGUCCUCCCUUUGCUACUAUGCCCUUUUCACACUACUGAGCUGAGCUACACUGUGCUGGCCUAGUUAUGCAUCCACAAUGUGAAAAAGACAAUGUGAAGAGAAAACAUCCAAGCCAGCACAGUAAGGUAGUGGGAAAAUGAUACUAGCGCCAUUAUAAUCCAUCCACCAUGGUUCUUAGUCUAGGAUUGUCAGUGCUGUUAGACUAACUGGAAGUCAUGAGGAUGUUUGCUGAAUCACCCAAAACAGUGGGAAAAAAGUGGAAAGUGGGGAGGCAGAGAGAAAAAGUGUUCUCUCUACAGAUGUAGGAUCUUAAUUUGAUCACUCUUUUGUUGCUGAGAAUUUUCCUGCAAUGCAAGAAAUGCAGUUGAGCUUCAUGAUUUACAUAAAUUCACUGAAAACAGCACUAACAUGGUUAUACUAACAGUAGGGGAGAGUGGGGUAAGUUGAGCCACCCUUGUUUCUUGGAAACCAUACACCAAAUGUAUAAUUUUACCAAAUACAGUGGGGGAAAAAAGUAUUUAGUCAGCCACCAAUUGUGCAAGUUCUCCCACUUAAAAAGAUGAGAGAGGUCUGUAAUCUUCAUCAUAGGUACACGUCAACUUUGACAGACAAAUGGAGAGAAAAAAAAAUGAUUUUUUAUGAAUUUAUUUGCAAAUUAUGGUGGAAAAUAAGUAUUUGGUCACCUACAAACAAGCAAUAUUUCUGGCUCUCACAGACCUGUAACUUCUUCUUUAAGAGGCUCCUCUGUCCUCCACUCGUUACCUGUAUUAAUGGCACCUGUUUGAACUUGUUAUCAGUAUAAAAGACACCUGUCCACAACCUCAAAACAGUCACACUACAAACUCCACUAUGGCCAAGACCAAAGAGCUGUCAAAGGACACCAGAAACAAAAUUGUAGACCUGCACCAGGCUGGGAAGACUGAAUCUGCAAUAGGUAAGCAGCUUGGUUUGAAGAAAUCAACUGUGGGAGCAAUUAUUAGGAAAUGGAAGACAUACAAGACCACUGAUAAUCUCCCUCGAUCUGGGGCUCCACGCAAGAUCUCACCCCGUGGGGUCAAAAUGAUCACAAGAACGGUGAGCAGAAAUCCCAGAACCACACGGGGGGACCUAGUGAAUGACCUGCAGAGAGCUGGGACCAAAGUAACAAAGCCUACCAUCAGUAACACACUACGCCGCCAGGGACUCAAAUCCUGCAGUGCCAGACGUGUCCCCCUGCUUAAGCCAGUACAUGUCCAGGCCCAUCUGAAGUUUGCUAGAGUGCAUUUGGAUGAUCCAGAAGAGGAUUGGGAGAAUGUCAUAUGGUCAGAUGAAACCAAAAUAGAACGUUUUGGUAAAAACUCAACUCGUCGUGUUUGGAGGACAAAGAAUGCUGAGUUGCAUCCAAAGAACACCAUACCUACUGUGAAGCAUGGGGGUGGAAACAUCAUGCUUUGGGGCUGUUUUUCUGCAAAGGGACCAGGACGACUGAUCCGUGUAAAGGAAAGAAUGAAUGGGGCCAUGUAUCGUGAGAUUUUGAGUGAAAACCUCCUUCCAUCAGCAAGGGCAUUGAAGAUGAAACGUGGCUGGGUCUUUCAGCAUGACAAUGAUCCCAAACACACCGCCCGGGUAUCGAAGGAGUGGCUUCGUAAGAAGCAUUUCAAGGUCCUGGAGUGGCCUAGCCAGUCUCCAGAUCUCAACCCCAUAGAAAAUCUUUGGAGGGAGUUGAAAGUCCGUGUUGCCCAGUGACAGCCCCAAAACAUCACUGCUCUAGAGGAGAUCUGCAUGGAGGAAUGGGCCAAAAUACCAGCAACAGUGUAUGAAAACCUUGUGAAGACUUACAGAAAACGUUUGACCUGUGUCAUUGCCAACAAAGGGUAUAUAAGAAAGUAUUGAGAAACUUUUGUUAUUGACCAAAUACUUAUUUUCCACCAUAAUUUGCAAAUAAAUUCAUAAAAAUUCUCAUUUUGUCUGUCAUAGUUGACGUGUACCUAUGAUGAAAAUUACAGGCCUCUCUCAUCUUUUUAAGUGGGAGAACUUGCACAAUUGGUGGCUGACUAAAUACUUUUUUCCCCCACUGUAGUUAGGAAGAGGUCAUCAUUUCAUGGAGUCUGUGAAGGACUAUUUUAGCCCCCUUUUCUCCACAAUUUUGAUCUCUUCUCAUCGCUGCAACUCCUCAAGGUGCUCAGGAGGCGAAGGUCGAGUCAUGCGUCCUCCGAAACAUGACCCGCCAAACUGCGCUUCUUAACACCUGCCCGCACCAAUGUGUCGGAGGAAACGCACUUCAACUGACGACAGAGGUGAGCCUGCAGGUGCCCGGCCUGCCACAAGGAGCUGCUAGAGCGCAAUGAGCCAAGUAAAGCCCCCCCCCGGCCAAACCCUCCCCUAACCCGGACGACGCUGGGCCAAUUGUGCGCCGCCCUAUGGGACUCCCGAUCACAGCCGGUUGUGACAAAGCCCGGGAUCGAACCCGGGUCUGUAGUGACGCCUCUAGCACUGCGAUGCAGUGCCUUAGACCGCUUCGUCACUCGGGAGGCCCCAAAAAACGAUUUUCCACCAAGUCAAAUUAAGUUGUUAGAGGUUUCAUGAACCUUGUAUAUAAACCAAAGUAGAUCAUUUUAAGAUUGUUCUAUACAGUGCCUUCAGAAAGUAUUCAUACCCCUUGACUUAUUCCACAUUUUGUUGUGUUACAGCCUGAAUUCGAAAUGGUUAAAUAUUUUUUUCCUCAUCCAUCUACACAUAAUACCACAUAAUGACAAAGUGAAAACCUGUUUUUGCAAAUGUAUUAAAACUGAAAUACAGAAAUAUCUCAUUUACAUACAUAAGUAUUCACACCCCUGAGUCAAUACUUUGUAGAAGCACCUUUGGCAGCGAUUAUAGCUGUGAGUCUUUCUGGAUAAAUCUCUAAGAGCGUUCCACACCUGGAUUGUGCAACAUUUGCCCAUUUUUCUUUAAAAAAAUCUUCAAGCUCUGUCAAGUUGGUUGUUGAUCAUUGCUAGACAACCAUUUUCAGGUCCUGCCAUAGAUUUUCAAGUAGAUUUAAGUCAAAACUGUAACUCGGGCACUCAGGAACAUUCACUGUCUUUUUGGUAAGCAACUCCAGUGUAGAUUUGGCUGUGUGUUUUAUGUUGUUGUCCUGCUGAAAGGUGAAUUAAAUCUCCCAGUGUCUGGUGCAAAGCAGACUGAACCAAGUUUUCCUCUAGGAUUUUGCCUGUGCUUAGCGCCAUUCCGUUUCUUUUAUAUCCUGAAAAACUCCCCAGUUCUUAACUAUUACAAGCACACCCAUAACAUGAAGCAGCCACCACUAUGCUUGAAAAUAUGGAGAGUGGUACUCAGUAAUGUGUUGUAUUGGAUUUGCCCCAAACAUAACACUUUGUAUUCAGGACAAAACAUUAAUUGCUUUGCCAAAUUUUUUGCAAUAUUUACUUAGUGCCUUGUUGCAAACAGGAUGCUUGUUUUGGAAUAUGUUUUAUUCACUCUGUCAAUUAGGUUAGUAAUGUGGUGUAACUACAAUGUUGUUGAUCCAUACUCAGUUUUCUCCUAUCACAGCCAUUCAAUUCUGUAACUGUUUUAAGGUCACCAUUGGCCACAUGGUGAAAUCCCUUAGCGGUUUCCUUCCUCUCCGACAACUGAGUUGGGAAGGACACCGGUCUCUUUCUAGUGACUGAGUGUAUUGAUUCACCAUCCAAAGUGUAAUGAAUAACUUCACCAUGCUCAAAGGGAUAUUCAAUGUCUGCUUUUUUUAAACGUUUACCCAUCUACCAAUAGGUGCCCUUCUUUGUGAGGCAUUGGAAAACCUCCCUGGUCUUUGUGGUUAAAUCUGUGUUUGAAAUUCACUGCUUGACUGAGGGACCUUGAGAUGAGGUAGAUUCAAAAAUCAUGUUAAACACUAUUAUUGUACAUAGCGUGAGUCCAUGCCAUUUAUUAUGGGACUUGUUAAGCACAUUUGUACUCCUGAACUUACAGUGCAUUCGGAAAGUAUUCAGACCCCUUGACUUUUUCCACAUUUUGUUACAUAACAGCCUUAUUCUAAAAUUGAUAAAAUAUUUUUUUCUCAUCAAUCUACACACAAUACCCCAUAAUGACAAAGCAAAAACAGGUUUUUAGAAACGUUUGCACAUUUAAAAAAAAUAAAAAACGAAAAUAUUACAUUUACAUAAGCAUUCAGACCAUUUACUCAGUACUUUGUUGAAGCAACUUUGGCAGCGAUUACAGCCUCGGGUCUUCUUGGGUAUGACGCUACAAGCUUGGCACACCUGUAUUUGGGGAGUUUCUCCCAUUCUUCUCUGCAGAUCCUGUCAAGCUCUGUCAGGUUGGAUGGGGAGCGUCCAGAUUUUCAGGGUCUUUCCAGAGAUGUUCUAUUGGGUUCAAGUCCGAGCUCUGGUUGGGUCCGGUUGGGCCACUCAAGGACAUUCAGAGACUUGUCCCGAAGCCACUCCUGCGUUGUCGCGGCUGUGUGCUUAGGGUCGUUGUUCUGUUGGAAGGUGAACCUUUGCCCCAGUCCGGUCCAGAGCAGGUUUUCGUCAAGGAUCUCUCUGUACUUUGCUCUGUUCAUAUUUCCCUCAACCCUGACUAGUCUCCCAGUCCCUGCCGCUGAAAAACAUCCCCAUAGCAUGAUGCUGCCACCACCAUGCACCAUAGGGAUUGUGCCAGGUUUCCUCCAGACAUGACACUUGGCAUUCAGGCCAACGAGUUCAAUCUUGGUUUCAUCAGACCAGAGAAUCUUGUUUCUCAUGGUUUGAGAGUUCUUUAGGUGCCUUUUGGCAAACUCUAAGCGGGCUGUCAUGUGCCUUUUACUGAGGAGUGGCUUCCGUCUGGCCACUCUACCAUAAAGGCCUGAUUGGUGGAGUGCUGCAGAGAUGGUUGUCCUUCUGGAAGGUUCUCCCAUCUCCACAGAGGAACUCUGGAGCUCUUUCAGAGUGACCAUCGGGUUCUUGGUCACCUCCCUAACCAAGGCCCUUCUCCCCCGAUUGCUCAGUUUGGCCGGACAGCCAGCUCUAGGAAGAGUCUUGGUGGUUCCAAACUUCUUCCAUUUAAGAAAGAUGGAGGCCACUGUGUUCUUGGGGACCUUCAAUGCUGCAGAAAUGUAUUGGUACCCUUCCCCAUAUACGUGCCUCGACACAAUCCUGUCUCGGAGCUCUACGGACAAUUCCUUCGACCUCAUGGCUUGGUUUUUGCUCUGACAUUUUUACAUUGACAUUUUAGUCAUUUAGCAGACACUCUUAUCCAGAGCGACUUACAGUUAGUGAGUGCAUACAUUUUUUCAUACUGGCCCCCCGUGGGAAACUAACCCACAACCCUGGCAUUGCAAGCUCCAUGCUCUACCAACUGAGCUACAGGAGGACAUGCACUGUCAACUGUGGGACCUUAUAUAGACAGGUGUGUGCGUUUCCAAAUCAUGUCCAAUCAAUUGAAUUCACCACAGGUGGACUCCAAUCAAGUUGUAGAAACAUCUCAAGGAUGAUGAAUGGAAACAGGAUGCACCUGAGCUCAAUUGAGUCUCAUAGCAAAGGAUCUGAAUACUUAUGUAAAUAAGGUAUCGUUUUUAUUUUAUUUUAUACAUUUGCAAACAUUUCUAAAAACCUGUUUUCGCAUUGGGGUAUUGUGUGUAGAUUGAGGAUUUUUAAAAAUGUAAUCAAUUUUAGAAUAAGGCUGUAACGAAACAAAAUGUGCAAAAAUGGGAAGGGGUCUAAAUACUUUCCGAAUGUAAUGUAUUUAGGCUUGCCAUAACAAAGGGGUUGAAUACUUAUUGACUCAGACAUUUCGGCUUUGAAUUUAAUUAAUUUGUAAAAGUUUCUAAAAACAUAAUUCCACUUUGACAUUGUGGGGUAUUGUGUGUCGGCCAGCAAAAAACAACAACACACAAUUUAAUCAAUUUUAAAUUCAGGCUGGUCUCUAGCUUAAAUAUGAGGUCCUAAACCUUGCAUGAAAGUGCAUGCUUGUAGAUCUGUGGGCUAAUAUAGUAAAAAUGUUUCCCUUGGGGUAAGUUGAGCCAAUGGCCAUGGGUUAAAUUGAGCCAAUGGUUGAGUCAAUGACAAGUUGAGCAAAUUGAAGUGUUGGCUUCUCAGGUGUAAUGUAAGGUCCUGUUGUUACCUCAUAUCCCAGCGAUUAAAAAGUAAAGUGUUUGUUAGGUGUUAAGCCUGUGUUAAAAGAUGCUAAAAUGAUUAAAAGACAAGAAAGCCGUUGUGAUUGGGUUGAAUUGUGUUUGGUAAAUAAAGAUAGAUAUGGUUUUAGAAAGGUAGUGGUAAUAUUUAAUUCAGUACAGACAUUUGUAGGCGGCUCAACUUGCCCUGUCCUGCAGUGUCACUUUCACUUAACUUGUUUUUCCAGCUACAGUACCUCUCUUAAUCCUGAUUAAGUUCUUUAGUAUGGCCUUCUGAUGCAGUUUAUUCACAGUUUAAAUCCAAUUAUCGCUGGUCAGUUGGGGGUCUCUAAUUACAGAUGAAAUGUCACUUAAAUUAGAUGUUUCCUCAUUUCACUCAUCAGCAGACAAACAUGGAAUACAUAAUGGCAAUAUUCUCCUAUUGAGCUGAUUAUACUAACAAGGCAGUUCCAGUUAUGAGUGAAAUAACAUUCACAAAUGUUAUCUUAUGUGGUCAUUUCAUUUCACUGUUAUAGUGCUAACAACGUUUCAUUCACACCCUCUAUUUGCUGUAGAGAUUGGUAAGAGAGAUUGAGCUCUAAAAUCCAGUACAUUCCAAUAACAGUACAUGUCUUCAAUACCCAUUGUAGCUGAGCUCUUAUAGAUGAGACUCAUGACAAUUCAUCUGGACAAGCUCACACGAGACAUACAAUACAACAAUACAAUACAACUUUAUUGUCCAAUGUAACCCAUAUAGUGUUGCCGUGGACAAUCAUUAGAUUUACUGAGGCAACAAUCUCUCUUUGUCUAAACAUUCAUUGUGCCUCUACUACUCGAUGCAUAAUAAAUGAACAACAAUCUCCCAUUGAGGUGCAACAAGUCCCCAUCUCUCAUACUCUCUGAUACACACAGGAAUGGAUGUUGAGGGUCAACCCCCUUAAAACCCUUUAACCCUGGGUUCACGUGUACACAAUAGCCACUGUGAUGGGCUGGUCACUUCACACUAACCUGCCAUGGUGAGUGAGUAACGAACAAGAAAGGCACAGCUGCAUGGAAAGAGUCAAAUGGAGAUGAAUCACCAAUUAACAACCCAAGGGGAAAUCUGAAGUUCAAACAACAAAGCAGCCCUGCCACUGUGUUGGCAAACAGCUGAAAUAUGGGGCUGUAGAAAUGUAACUACUCUGAAAUUCAUAGGCAGAACUAUGGAUGCAAGGAUUGACCAUCUGUGAGAUCAAAAUUAUAGUUUUAACAAUUUUUUUUUUUGAGUCUACACACAAUGUUGGUUUACAUUUACAUUUACAUUGUUUGACUCCAUUGUUUGUAAACAAUCCUAUAUUUUGGGUUCUGAUGGACUGCUCAUUAGGCAUCAAAAUUAUUUUCUUCAAGAGUCACUGUGUACGUAUAAUUAAUUUAAAAGUCAUAAAAUGGAUGUAUCAACUAAAUAAUGCCCCUUUGAAAGUAGUUUGGGAAAAAUAGCUAAUUCAGAAAGAAAAAAAUGAUAUGAAAGAGGUUUCAAUCAACAUAUUGAUCCUAAUAUGGUUUAAUCCAACGACUCACUAAAUUAAGAUACAUUUCUUGCUAUGCAUUGUCAGCACAAGAUUACAUUGGAAAAUCUUGAUAAGAAGGGUGUUUUUUGGGCUGCGAAGACGCCAUGUCAGACUUCAGUGCUGUGCUUUCAAUUCCUCUUUAGGAACUGUUCAGAUAGCUUUACCUGCUUUGUUUACAAAGCAACAUAUCCAUUAGCUUAGGUUAAGAAUUGAGGUCAUGCAUUGCAUUGUGUAGAUUUAACUUUCAAUUCAGUCAAUUCAGGAAGUGGUUUAAAAUUCAGAAACGCCAUCAACUUUGUCGGAGAGAAGAUGAUGUGUAUCUGUCGUCAAUUAUGUUCAAUUUUGUAACAACUGUCCCCUCUGCUAUUGGUCAGAAACUGGAGGAGGCGGCGGCCAACGCGGCGGAGGAGGAGAGGAGCCGCCUGCAGAUCCAGACUGAACUACAGGAUCGCUACAGGAUGGACCUGGAGAGGGAGAAAAUGGUACCUACCUAGCAACUCACAAUUUAGCGGUCAAAGGAGAAAAUGGUACCUACCUAGCUACUCACAAUUUAGCGGUCAAAGGAGAAAAUGGUACCUACCUAGCAACUCACAAUUUAGCGGUCAAAGGAGAAAAUGGUACCUACCUAGCUACUCACAAUUUAGCGGUCAAAGGAGAAAAUGGUACCUACCUAGCUAUGUCGUAGAAAUGUAUCCCUAUACUUAUUAAAAAUCAAAGUUCUUCCAGAGUUUUUGUAGAAUCAAGAUAGACUAUUACACAAAGCAACAAAAGCCGAGCUGAUCUGCAGACCAACUAACUCCCAAUACUUGUCCCUCAGUUUAUAUACAAUUUCCAUUCCUGCUCAUUUUACAUACUUUUUGCCUAAUCCCUCCCAGUUUAGCUCCUCCACCAUUGUUUCCAAACGUUCAUCUUUUAAACGCUCCGCCCACUCCAUUUAUGAUAGUGGCGAAAUCUGACUUCUCCUCCUAUUUAUUCAGUUUGAAAACAAUAGUGGCAGAACCAAGCUUUCUCAUGUAAAAAAUAGCAGAGCCAUCUCCUGGCUCUGCUCUGUUUAUUCAAAAACAUAUCAAUCAAUACUUAAAUAUGGUUUAAACAUGGCAGGUCCAUAACCCAUUCUCAACCAUAUAUAUUUAAGACAUUCCUAAUGCAUUGCUUCAUGCAUAACAGUAUAAUCAAUCAAGAGCCAUGUCCUGACUCUGGCUCAGCCUCCCUCCUUGUGGACCACUCGGUACCACACUCCAUAUUCACUUAGUCAUACUGCUUGUCUUUAUGAUUGUCUUUAUGAUUAUGUUUUAAUCUUUAUAGUCAACAAAUAUUUACUAUGUUUAACCUAUGGUCUGACCUUGUGUACCACUCGGUACCAUGGCUCUGUAUGGUCUACUGAAAAAUAUCACAAGCUACUCACAGUUUAGCGGUCAAAGGGGAAUAUGUUUAGACUGUAAACUACACCCACCGCUGACUACUACCCCUUAUGUGGCCGGCUACUUAAUUGACUUUAACAAAAUUGCCCCUCACACUUUUAGUUGGCUACUUUUUCAUUAGUUGUCCUGCACCCUGUGAGACUUCAAGGAGUAGGUAGAAGUUGUCCUGCACCCUGUGAGAAUUCAAGGAGUAGGUACAAGUUGUCCCUAACCACUGAUUCAGCUCAUUCAGCAGUUUCUCUUGAUUUAUUCAGUCAAUUCUUGGGUCCAUGAAAAUGAUUGCAACUUUCUAGUUAUUUUAUCCUCCCAUUUAUGCCCCUAAGCUCAUAACCUCUGACAUUUAGUCCAUACAUCCUACUGACCGACUUUAUAAAUUACAUCCUCCGUUCAUAGGACUGCCAUCAAUAAGGUGUUACAUUUCUUUCUCUCAGCUCAAUUUUUUUUAUAUAUAUAUUUUUAUUUCACCUUUAUUUAACCAGGUAAGCCAGUUGGGAACAAGUUCUCAUUUACAACUGCUACCUGGCCAAGAUAAAGCAAAGCAGUGCGAUAAAAACAACAGAGUUACAUAUGGGGUAAACAAAACAUAAAGUCAAAAAUACAACAGAAAAUAUAUAUAUACAGUGUGUGCGAAUGUAGUAAGUUAUGGAGGUAAGGCAAUAAAUAGGCCAUAAUACGAAAUUGUAACUAUUUUGCACUAACACUGGAAUGAUAGAUGUGCAAAAGAUGAUGUGCAAAUAGAGAUACUGGGGUGCAAAUUAGCAAAAUAAAUAACAAAAUGGGGAUGAGGUAGUUGGUUGGGCUAAUUUCAGAAUGGCUGUGUACAGGUGCAGUAAUCGGUAAGCUGCUCCGACAACUGAUGCUUAAAGUUAGUGAGGGAGAUAAGGGUCUCCAGCUUCAGAUAUUUUUGCAGUUCGUUCCAGUCAUUGGCAGCAGAGAACUGGAAGGAAUGGCGGCCAAAGGAGGUGUUGGCUUUGGGGAUGACCAGUGAGAUAUACUUGCUGGAGCGCAGACUACGGGUGGGUGUUGCUAUGGUGACCAGUGAGCUAAGAUAAGACAGGGAUUUGCUUAGCAGUGAUUUAUAGAUGACAUGGAGCCAGUGGGUUUGGCACUGCCAGUUUGCCAGUGGGUUUGUAGUGAGGGCCAGCCAACAAGAGCGCACAGGUCAAUGGUGGGUAGUAUAUGGGGCCUUGGUGACAAAACGGAUGGCACUGUGAUAGACUACAUCCAAUUUGCUGAGUAGAGUGUUGGAGGCUAUUUUGUAAAUGACAUCGCCGAAGUCAAGGAUCGGUAGGAUAGUCAGUUUUACGAGGGCAUGUUUGGCAGCAUGAGUGAAGGAGGCUUUGUUGCGAAAUAGGAAGUUGAUUCUAGAUCUAACUUUUGAUUGGAGAUGCUUAAUGUGAGUGUGGAAGUAGAGUUUACAGUCUAACCAGACACCUAGGUAUUUGUAGUUGUCCACAUACUCUAGGUCAGACCCGCCGAGAGUAGUGAUUCUAGUCGGGUGGGCGGGUGCAAGCAGCGUUCGGUUGAAGAGCAUGCAUUUAGUUUUACUAGUGUUUAAGAGCAGUUGGAGGCUACAGAAUGAGUGUUGUAUGGCAUUGAAGCUUGUUUGGAGGUUUGUUACCACAGUGUCCAAUGAAGGGCCAGAUGUAUACAAAAUGGUGUCGUCCGCAUAGAGGUGGAUCCGAGCGUCAUCAGCAGCAAGAGCGACAUCAUUGAUAUACACAGAGAAAAGAGUCGGCCCGAGAAUUGAACCCUGUGGCACCCCCAUAGAGACGGCCAGAGGUCCAGACAACAGGCCCUCCGGUUUGACACAUUGAACUCUAUCUGAGAAGUAGUUGGUGAACCAGGCGAGGCAGUCAUUAGAGAAACCAAGGCUAUUUAGUCUGCCAAUAAGAAUGCGGUGGUUGACAGAGUCGAAAUCCUUGGCCAGGUCGAUGAAGACGGCUGCGCAGUACUGUCUUUUAUCGAUCGCGGUUAUAAUUUCGUUUAGGACCUUGAGCGUGGCUGAGGUGCACCCAUGACCAGCUCGGAAACCGGAUUGCAGAGCGGAGAAGGUACGGUGGGAUUCGAAAUGGUCGGUGAUCUGUUUGUUAACUUGGCUUUCAAAUACUUUCAAAAGGCAGGGCAGGAUGGAUAUAGGUCUGUAACAGUUUGGAUCUAGAGUGUCACCCCCUUUGAAGAGGGGGAUGACCGCGGCAGCUUUCCAAUCUCUGGGGAUCUCAGACGUUACAAAAGAGAGGUUGAUCAGGCUAGUAAUAGGGGUUGCGACAAUUUCGGCGGCUAAUUUUAGAAAAAGGGUCCAGAUUGGUAAGGUGUCACAUUAUUUCAUUCUCUCAGCUCAAUAAGGUGUCACAUUAUUUCAUUAUCUCAGGCCAAUGUCUGCUCUGUUUCAGGAAGUAUCCAGAAGGGUUGCUUCCUCUUUUCUUUGUUAUAUGUAUAAAAAUAAAAAAAACGGAAUGUUUACAGAUUGCCAUUAGCGAUGGCAAGUGUUUCCAAUCAUCACAUUAUUCAUUUUCAUAGCCUGAAUGGUAGGACUGAAUGGUAGGAAGUUAGUGGCCGUAGGAUACAAAAGGAAAUGCGUGGUAUUAAGAUACAAUGGGUCUCCAAUAAAUAUAUGAAAGAGAAGAUCCAAUGGGUUAAAUGAGUGAUAUUAAAGGGAUAGUUCAGCCAUAUUAGAUUAAAGAAGUGAGUUAAAUAGACGAGUUGGCUGACAACAUCACGAAAAUGAUGCACGUGCAUCGAUGAGGCAGAAGGCCAUGGGGUGUUAUGAUUCUGAAUGGUCAGAUAGCUAGCAACAAUGACAAGAAGCUGCCAUGUGGGGAAUUGUAGGAGGCUCGUUUCAGCAUCGUUGUACACUAUAUAAUCAAAAGUAUGUGGACACUCCUUCAAAUUAGUGGAUUCGGCUAUUUCCAUCACACCUGUUGCUGGCAGGAGUAUAAAAUCGAGCACAAUGCCAUGCAAUCUCCAUAGACAAACAGUGGCAGUAGAAUGGCCUUACUGAAGAGCUCAGUGACUUUCAACGUGGCACUGUCAUAGGAUGCCACCUUUCCAACAAGUUAGUUCGUCAAAUUUCUGCCCUGGUCAACUGUAAGUGCUGUUAUUGUGAAGUGGAAAUGUCUAGGAGCAACAACGGCUCAGCUGCGAAGUGGUAGGCCACACAAGCUUACAGAAUGGGACUGCCGAGUGCGAAAGUGCAACACUUACUACCGAGUUCCAAACUCCGUCUGGAAGCAACGUCAGCACAAGAACCGUUCGUCUGGAGUUUCAUGAAAUGGCAGAGCAGCUGCACACAAACCUAAGAUCACCAUGCGCAAUGCCAAGCGUCGUCUGGAGUGGUGUAAAGCUUGCCGCCAUUCUACUCUGGAGCAGUGGAAACAUGUUCUCUGGAGUGAUCAGUCACGCUUGACCAUCGGGCAAUCCCGACAGACGAAUCUGGGUUUGGCGGAUCCCAGGAGAACGCUACCUGCCCCAAUGCAUAGUGCCAACUGUAAAGUUUGGUGGAGGAGAAAUAAUGGUCUGGGGCUGUUUUUCUAUGGUUCAGGCCCCUUAGUUCCAGUGAAGGGAAAUCUUAACGCACCAGCAUACAAUUACAUUCUAGACGAUUCUGUGCUUCCAACUUUGUGGCAACAGUUUGGGAAAGCCCUUUCCUGUUUCAGCAUGACAAUGCCCCCGUGCACAAAGCGAGGUCCAUACAGAAAUGGUUUGUCGAGAUCGUGUGGAAGAACUUGACUGGCCUGCACAGAGCCCUGACCUUAACUCCAUUGAACACCUUUGGGAUGAAUUGGAACACCGACUGCAAGCCAGGCAUAAUCGCCCAACAUCAGUGCCCGACCUCACGAAUGCUCCUGUGGCUGAAUGGAAGCAAGUCCCUGCAACAAUGUUCCAACAUCUAGUGGAAAGCCUUCCCAGAAGAAUGGAGCCUGUUAUAUCAGCAAAGGGGGGACCCUUUGUGGACACCUGCCCGUCAAAUGAAAUGUUUGACGGGCAGUUGUCCACAUACUUUUGGUCAUGUAGUGUAUCUUGUUAUUGAUACUAUGUCUUGUUUUGAGGUGUUUUGACUGAUUCGAUAGCUAACCAACUGUAAUGACAUACUUGAGAGACAACAAGUGCUCUUUGCAGAGUAAAUAUAGUGUUCAUGUUGUCAACAGUCUAAGCCAACCAUGUCUGUUUUGCCCCAUAGUUGCGCACGCGUUUGGUUUUGUUGCUAAGCAACCAGUCCCAUCUAUCAGUGCUAUAACCUACUAAGCACUGACUGCUAGUAAUUGGGUCCCCAGGUCCAAGAGCACCACUAGAUUUAGUUUUAGAGAACUGUAGUGCUCUUUCUACAUUGUCUUCUCGCCGGUCUUCAGGUGCGACAGGAGAUGGAGGAGCAGGUGGCUCAGAAGUCCAGUGAGCUGGAGCAGUACCUGCAGCGCGUCCGGGAGCUGGAGGACAUGUACCACCGCCUGGAGGACGCACUGGAGGACGAGAAACGUGCCAGGCAGGACGAGGAGACGGUCCGCAGGCUCCAGGCCCGGUUGGUGCUCCACACACAGACAGGCUGUACAUAGAAAGGGAUACAUGCACACUCUUGAGAUGAAUUGAUGGACUUGAUUGUCUCUCUGACUGAGUCACUGUAAUUGUCUGACAAGUGGAGUGAGUCAGUAGGGAAGAGGGUGACACACACACACACACACACACACACAAAGGCAUGUACAUAGACAUAGGCAACAGUCCCUCCAGUCCAGAAACCUUUCCUUCCUUCCUCUGUGCUGACAUUUGUGCUUCUCUGGGCUCAGCACUUUUCACAUUGUGUUCUAAAUGGGGAUGUGUGUGUGUGUACUCCUGGGUGGAUAUGUGUGCAAUGUCAUUGUGUUUCGAUCAACAUGUUUUGUUUGUAUAUUACACAUUCUGAACUAACUGUUCCAUGUACUUAAAGUACAUCUCUCCAGGUUACUAGAGGAGGAGGCUGUUCCCUGUACUUAAAGUAUGUCUCUCCAGGUUACUAGAGGAGGAGGCUGUUCCCUGUACUUAAAGUAUGUCUCUCCAGGUUACUAGAGGAGGAGGCUGUUCCCUGUACUUAAAGUAAGUUUCUCCAGGUUACUAGAGGAAGAGGCUGCCAAGCGGGCUGAGCUGGAACAGAUCCACCUCCACCAGCAGAGGGCCAUCUCUGAGACGGAGGCGGAGAAGCAGGAGCUGCGGAAGGAGAGAACAGCCCAGGAGAAUGCCCUGCAGGCCGCCAUGCUGCAGCUGGAGCAGCUGGAGAAUGAGAGGCAGGGGGUGCUGGAGCAGUACCAGGUGAGACAUGUUUUAGGGCAUGGUUCACGGACAAAGAUUCACUGCCCAUUUCUGGACUAAAAUGUACUUUGAACAGAGAUUCUAAAAGCUUUUCAGUUCAGGAGUAGGACAUCGUCUUUUCUUUGUUUGUCACAGGAGGUAGUGCAGAAACUGGAGGAUGCAGCGAAGAACACCAGGACCUGGAAACAUAAAGUGGCCCACCAUGAGGGGUUAGUCCACCUCAUUCAACCAGGUAAAACCACACUAUAUUACUGUACAUUUUCCUCCUUUAAAUCAAUACUCUCUAUUCAUUCUUCUAAAAUCUAAAAUUGCUUCCUCUCCUCAUUUCCUUUCCUUUGUCUGAAGUGAUGUGAAUGAACUUUCUGAUUUGUCUGCACUGAUGUGAAUGAACGUUCUGAUUUGUCUGCACUGAUGUGAAUGAACUUUUUGAUUUGUUUUCUCAGGAUCGAAGGGGCCUCAGAAGAUCACUAACUGGGGCCCAGCGGCCUUCACUGAGGCAGAACUGAGCCUGAGGGAGAAAGACUGGCAGGAGAGGAAGAACCGACCCGCUCAGACCCAGUAGAGCUCCCAUUCCCACAGUCAGCACACUCAUGGUUGCUGGAACAUUGAUGCAAUGUUGCCAUCAGUGUGCGAUGUUGCGUCUUCAGCAUUCAUUGACCAACUCAAAAGAAAACAGGGAAGGCAGGCUUGUUUUUACACAGAUACCAUGGUUGUGUUCACUAGGCACCAAAUGGAAGACAACUAACUGAAACGGCGAGGGCCUACCUGGACUUGUCCAAUACGAAAGGCUCAUUUUUGUUUUCCGUUGCAA